AUGUGUCUUGACAACGAUCCGACAACCACGAGCUCGCAUAAGGCAUGUGCACAGCAGCACUCCUUCCGCAUAGCUGCCAAGCAAUUUGCCAAAGGUCCGGUCAGCAUCCAUUUGGCGGCAUCCGGUGAUCUGGAGCGACUCGGAUCCAGCUUUGCGAACUUCCAGCGCUUCAAAGGUCCUUCCCCUCCACAGGACGUGGUCGUGCCAUUUUUGGAGAGAGAGGGAGAGCACAGAUCGCUGCAGUGUCGUGAAACAGCCCCUGAGCAGCCCACACGGCCGUUUGACUAUGCAUUCCCUACUCACAGUCGCAGGGAAGAACGUCGUGCUCGAAUGGCGAUGACAUUCUCCACGCCGCUUCAUGGAGUCACUUCACAGCGAAGUGCGCAGUUUGCAGACUUCCUACGGGCCAAGGGCACUUUGCCCUCCCGCCUCCCCAAUCGGAUGUCUCAAUCCCGAAGUGCAUCGGAAUUGUUUGCAGAACCACGGAUGACUCUGCUGUCGCAGCAAGUUCCAGACAGAGCAAACACCAUAUUGCCGUCUUGGACGGACAGGAAGCUGCAGACGACUAUGGUUUGGACUGGCAUGGAAAGAGAAAGAUGGGAGACUCUGCCUCUACAAGCUCCGCCGCUACGCUGA